AUGAAGUGUGUCCUAUUCGUGACGUUCUUGGCCUUAGCAUUGGCUCAAGAAACACUUUCCCUUGCUACUGUAACUACGUCUCAGCCACAAGAAUCAUCUUUGGAGGCUCUGACAGAGAUACUCAAUGAUCUUCUCGAGCGUUUGGGACUUCCUACCGUCAACCCUGAAUCCAUCACUCUUCCCAACGUUGACGCGACUACUGCUGGAAGAAAGAAACGUGACCUAUCUGGACUGACCGGACUGCCAACUGGAGAGCCAUCUGUCACUGAACUGGUUGAUUUGCUGAACCAACUCUUGGAAGCUCUUAACCUUCCUACCGUGAACCCAGAAUCUGUCACCGUUUCUGAUGUUACUACUGCUGGUCGCAAAAAGCGUGAUGUUGUCUCUGAAGUUACUGGUCUGCCAACUGGAGCUCCUUCUUUGACUGAACUGGUUGAUGUUCUGAACCAAAUCUUGGAAGCUCUCAGUCUCCCAACUGUCGACCCAGAAUCCGUUACCGUGCCAGAUACUACUGCUGCCGGAAGAAAGAAGCGUGCUGUUGAUGUUACUGGCCUCCCAACUGGUGAACCAGCUGUGACUGAACUGGUCGACUUGCUCAACCAACUCUUGGAAGCCUUGAGUCUGCCAACAAUCAGCCCAGAAUCCGUCACCGUGCCAGAUGCUACUACUGCUGGAAGAAAGAAGCGUGACGUCCUUGCUGGAAUCACUGGACUGCCAACUGGAGAGCCAUCUGUGACUGAACUGGUCGAGUUCUUGAACGCCAUUUUGGAAGCUCUCAACCUUCCUACCGUCAACCCAGAAGCCGUUACUGAUGUGACUACUGUUGGACGUGCCAAGCGUGACGUUGACUCUGGUUCUUCUGACUCUACCUCUUCUGAAUCUUCUUCCAACAUCUUCGAAGAGCUGAUUCAAAAGAUCAAGGACUUCUUUGAAGGUUUGGGAGAUGAAACUUCUACUGUAGCCAUCUCUCGUGCCACUAGAGUCCCAGUAACUCUCGAAUCGUAA